UCCCCCCCGCCCCCCUUGUGACAGUGUUACUGGCGCUUGUCACUGGGGCCCUGCGCGGAUACAGAAUGUGUGUCCGCAUCCAGCCCGCCAUCCUCAAACAUGGUCCGCGGGUAUAAAGCAGAUCUCCACCGAUUUGCAGGGCUCUGCUUGUAAUAGUUGGUGUGUGCCUUAAAGCCCCAUCUCCUGGAGGCAAGUGAUUACAGGAAAAUCACAGCUUUCCUUUUUAUUUUAAGAAUGCAGGCCAUAAAGGGUCUUAUGGCUACCAGAAGCUGAAAGAACGAGAACCAAGAGCUUGCAUCCGAUUCAAAUGUGCGCUCACAAACACCAUCUUAGAUAUCCUGCGCCAGAGACCAGGAUGGGUUGAAGUAAAAGAGGAGGGUGAGUGGGAUUUUUACUGGUGUGAUGUCAGCUGGCUUCGGGAGAAUUUUGACCAUACCUACAUGGAUGAACAUGUUCGUAUCUGCCACUUUCGGAACCACUACGAGCUGACUCGUAAGAAUUACAUAGUGAAGAACCUGAAGAGGUUUCGGAAGCAGAUAGAAAGAGAGGCAGGAAAGCUGGAGGCAACAAAAUGUGACUUUUUCCCCAAGACCUUUGAGAUGCCAUCAGAGUACCACUUGUUUGUGGAAGAAUUUCGCAAGAAUCCUGGCAUAACCUGGAUUAUGAAACCAGUUGCCAGGUCACAAGGGAGAGGCAUUUUUCUGUUCCGAAAACUCAAGGAUGUCAUUGACUGGAGGAAGGAUGGGGUCCGUACAGAUGAUCAGAAAGAUGAAACUCAAGUAGAGAAUUAUGUAGCUCAGUGCUAUAUUGAAAAUCCAUAUUUAAUAGGAGGUCGAAAGUUUGACUUGAGAGUUUAUGUUCUAGUGAUGUCUUACAUUCCACUGAAGGCCUGGUUAUACCGGGACGGCUUUGCUCGCUUCUCCAACACACGCUUCACUCUGAGUAGCAUAGAUGAUCAUUAUGUGCAUCUCACCAAUGUAGCAGUGCAGAAGACUGCACCUGACUAUGAUCCAGAGAAGGGCUGCAAGUGGACGAUUCAGCGAUUCCGACAGUACAUGACUGCCAAGCAUGGGGCAGAAGUGGUGGAGACUCUCUUUGCAGAAAUGGACAACAUUUUCAUCAAGAGCCUACAGAGUGUUCAGAAAGUGAUCAUCAGCGACAAGCAUUGUUUUGAACUGUAUGGAUACGACAUCCUGAUAGACCAGGAUCUCAAGCCCUGGCUUCUUGAGGUUAAUGCUUCUCCCUCACUCACUGCCAGUAGUCAGGAGGACUAUGAGCUCAAAUGUUGCCUUCUCAAGGACACAUUGCAUAUUGUGGACAUGGAGGGCAGGCUGACGGGGAAGGAGAAGCGUAUUGGGGGCUUUGACCUGAUGUGGAAUGAUGGUCCAGUCAGUAGAGCAGAAGGGAACGUGGAUACACCAGUAAAUGGAAGCUUCAUGGCAAACACACAUUUAGGUACUUCACUCUUACGCAGAUGGCAAGGCAUCCCACUCAUGGUCCUUAACUGUUUAGACAUCACCAAAAGUGCAAAACAUACUUUUCCCUCAAGAGUAAAAGGACCAGGUGUGAAUUAUCACAUCGUGCUAGCAGAGUGUAGUGCCCCUGUGAGGCUAAGUGUGAGGGGGUGAACAUUUUCCAAUUGUGGGUGUAAAUGAUCAAACUAUAGGAGUGUUAAAAGCUGAUGUGGUGGCAGUAGUUAGAUUUUUAGAACUCCUUACCGCAUGAGCCAGCACAGGUAUUCUUCACCUGCCAGUUCCUUUUAAAAACUAAUUCCCAAAGGUCCAUAAUAAAAUUGUGACAGCUGUUUAUUGUGCACAUUUCUAAUCUUGGUUGCAUAUUCUUGUUUUAGUAGCCCAUAAUAAUGUCCAAUUCAAUCAGGCAGAAAGUGCCUAUUGCAGGUUUUCACAUAGCACUAAGUAGUUGAAUAUGCCUUCAGUAUUUUCUCUGGUUGUAGCUUCAUGCUAACUGAUUGGAGCACAGCUUUGUCUGAAAGCAGGCGAUUAUCUCUACUCUUCGCUCUUUGGAGGGACUAAGUCAUAUGUCACUUUGUUAAUGCUUUCAUUUCAGGCUACAAUAAUGACAGGAAAAAACAACUGAAACAGCUCUUCAAACCUCUUCAUACCCAGCAGAAAGUUUAAUGCUGAUCCAGAGCAUCAGGAAAGAGAAGUCACUGAGGACUGAGCUCUUUCACUCCCUCUUCCUCCUAUUGUGGAGCUGCAGUUCUCAUUUGUCUCUGGACAGUUUUGCUGCCUCAGCAUAGCACUGCUGGCUAUUUCUUGGUUCCUUAAGAUUUUCCCCGCAUGGGAACCUUAGUUAACAAAUGAAUCCUGUUCAUAAGCCAGAGCAACAAUAGAUGUGGGUAGGCUUUUAACUUGGACAUGAUGCAAUCAGGUAUUUUGGUUAUGUUCCGUUGUGACUGACCAGUUCUUCAGUAAAGAAUUAAUCUGUUUUGUUCCACAGCGUAGGCUGUAGCAAGGCUGUCAACUGGCUACUACAUAUGACUAUAGAUCAGCGGUACACUCCACAUUGCAGACAAAAAGCACUCCUAUCCAUCACUUUGACUCUGUCUGUGUUGCAAUGGGUAUGAAUAAAAUAUUUAAUGCCUCCGUGCUGUUAGAAAUCCAGAAGAAGUGCUGCUUCACUGGUCCUCAAUUUGAGGUUGUUGACUUCAGUAGUUUUCCUUUGAAGUGUAAGCUAUAAAAGGGGCUAUACAGAAUCUGCUAAGUAAAAUGGAAGCUUUUAAGAAAAGUGGGUAUUUGAGCCUCAUGCUGCUGCUACUAUAGAAACGUGUCACAUCGUAAGACCUGUUGCCAUGAUACAGUAACAAUAACCUUACCGGUAGAUUUUAUGAAGGUCCUGAGAGUGGCUCCACGAUGCUGGUUACAUGAAGAGGGCUGUUAUAAUGAAGGGGUUUAGUACCUUUGAGAUAGGAAAAGUAACUUUACCACCCUCUUACAGAAGAGAUGUAAUUUUCUGGGAAGCUACAGGUGAGGCUAUUCGCUAAUGGGAAUUAUUUUUAACUUCGAAAUGUGGAAUUUAAGCCGUAAGCCUAGAGUGCAUAGAUUUGCGUUUAGCAGUUAGAAGCUUGUGGCUGUAGCUCUAAACCCUACACACUCGCUAGUUAAAUACAGCCACCUUCUUAAAAGAGCAAUCAAGCAAAGCUGACAGAUUUAUCAAAACAGCCCCUGUCUUAAGGAGAGUGGAACAGGCCUAUUCUGGUGCAAACCCACUCCUCCUGAGCUCCAUUUAAAUGUUAUACUUGUGCAAAACUGAACAGGGCAGUGGAUAGUAGUGUGUAUGUGUCUGCCUAGCUGGCUGGGAGACUGGCUGAGGAGCUAACAAUUACAGUUGUUCUGUUUAAAGUGUAAACACCUAGUGCUCAAAGCUGUUCACCCUAUACGGCAGGAGGCUGAGUGCUAGACAAAGAUGAAGGGUCAGUUACAGUUCUCUGGGCUGAGUGUACAAAAUUUCCCCAAACAGAUGCAGUUGUUUCACUGGCUUGCUAGCUAUGCCUACUCACCAGCCCUAAAAUGUAAACCAGUGUUUUAAACUAAAAUUCCACACCCAAAACCACUUUCACUAAUUUAGGGCACACUUUCAAGCAAUGCAAACGUUAACAGUGGAAAAAAGAGUGAAAGUGAUUCUGCUAGGCCCCAAACUCCCUUUGCUGUAUUCAGAGUGAACCAAGUUUCAACCUUAUCUCUGACUUUUUCAAAAUUAAAUAGCAAUAACAAGACAUAACACACCUACCACUGUCUGCACUAUUGAAGCGAUGGAAUAUGAAGGAGAGCUGCUCAUGGUAGAAUCACCUUAAUUCUUUUCCUUUAGUUUUUGCAUUAACUGAAAAGUUGUGUGUUUUGUAGAGGAUAUUAAUAUAUGAUUAAUAUUUACUAAAGUUUACCUGAGCUAGUGUGGGGAAGAAAACCUUCAUUUCUAGAGAGAGGACAGCAGGCUUUUCUUGUCCCUGUAUGUUCCUCUUCCCCAGGCCCGUGCACAAACAUAAGCAGUCAUAUUUACCAUUUCAUUAGAGCAAUUAGGAACAAAGGAAUUACUAGACAUGGGAUUUAUCUAGUCCACUAUCCUGUUGCCAGUAGCAGCUGCUUCCAACUGCUUCACAGAAAGGUUCAAGAAAAGCUGCUGUAGGCAGUUAUGGGAUAAUCUACCCCCAGGGAAGUUUCCUCCUAAUUCCCCAUCGUACACACUCCUCCAUCUCCACUCCAAAUAGUUAGAAUUUGUCUAAAACCCUGAAACACGAGGGUGUAAUUUUUUAAACACUACUAUGGCUCUGG